UUUAUUGACACCCGUCUGGUUUUCCUAUAGAGGCGUCUAGUAUCAGCAUGGCCGAGGCAGGUCCAGCUGACGACGACUUUGAGGAUUUUGACGAUGAUUCCAAUUUCUGGGAUGACUGUGACGAAUACUAUGAGCCAGAGACACUCAAUGAUGAGCGACAACGAGAACAACAAUUGACACAGGAAGACUGGGAACAACAGCUGCCACAACACCACCGGCGGAGGGAGAGGGUGGCAGAGUUGGUGGAGACGGAACGCAAUUAUAUCAAAGACCUGGAAACACUCUUGGAAGUCAGUGCUCUUGCCUCCUCCAGGAACCACGUGCUCAAGGCCAUCGACUUGCAUACUGUCCUUGGUAACAUUUCACAAUACAUCAUUGAAAAAGCCAAGGCCCCUGUCUACAUUUUCUUUUUUACAUGCCUCAUUGGCCAGUCUGAACAGACCGUCUGGCUCACUGUCUCUAAAGUUGUCCGUAAUAUUAAAAGAAAUAUGAUAACUGCUAAGACAGGUAAGAUUAAGGACAAGGAAGAAGAUUGA